AUGGCUCACUCGCAAUUACCCCCAUUCGCCCCUUUCCCCAUAUCCUCCUGGCGUCAAAACCUCCCCUCCGACGAUUGGGUGACGUGCCAAGUCGCAUGGGCCACCCUCUGCAGCGCCUACCUCCAACUUCCGGAGCCGGAGCUCAAAGCCCAGCUUUCGAGGGACUCCUCGGCCACCGAGUUUCUCACCACGUUUGCGCAAGAAGAUAUACACCAAAAGCGCACCGGUCCCCUCCUCGCCACUCUGUCCUCGGAUCACCCUUCCUUCGAAGCUUCCCUCCUUGCGCUCAAGAAGUCGCUGACCCGUGACCUCGAGUCCGGCGUCCGGGGCCAGCCUCGGGUUUUAGAGGCGACCCUGUCACGACUGAACCACCUCUUGCACGCUUCUCCCGAUGCUGCAUCCGUAUUCCUAGCAGGCGCCGAUUUCCUUGAUGGCCUGGUCGUAGGGUACCGCCUCAUGGACCCUCCUCUGCGGAGGACCAUCGUAGCAACGGCCUACCUCUGCCUCUUCGGCCUCAUCGCAGGCGCCACACCCAAAUUCUCCAUGCUGUCCGACCAACUCUACGCUCUCAAAGAGCAUGCCGAGACCCACCGCGCCGGACCACUCAACGCCAACGACAGCCUCAUCUCGUAUUACGGCGCUGGAAUCCUACAAGAAAGCCAGCUCCAGCACGAGAAGGGCUCGGCCCCGCGGAAACGCAGACCCGACAAGGGCAAGGCCAUCGCGAUCGAUGUCGGGGAAGAGGACCGCGCAGAAAUGCACAUGCACCGCAUGAGCCAAAUCUCCCAGAUCCAAGACUUAUUCCCCAACUUAGGCACUGGGUUCGUAGCCAAGCUGUUGGACGAAUACGAAGAGGACACUGAGGCAGUAAUUGCGCAUCUGCUAGAGGAGUCGCUUCCGCCACACCUCGCCAACGCGGACCGUAGCGAGGAACUGUCAAGCCCUCCCCAAAAGCAAGCCACGCCGCCCCCGCCGCAACACCCCCACCCUCGCCGAGCGCCGCAACAUCUACGACGACGACGAGCUCGACGAGCUCUCCUCGCCACCGCCUCCAAGCUCCACUUCGGCAAACGCAACCCCGAACAGACUGCCGACGGUCUCCUCGAGGACCGGUCCUCCGCCCCCGGCAAGGCCGCCAUCCUCUCCGCCCUCGCGGCCUUUGAUUCCGACGACGACGAGCGCGACGACACCUACGACGCCGACGACGUCGGCGGCACCGUCGACCCCUUGGCCGGCGCCGAGGCCGACGCGGACCGCGAGGUCGUCGAGGAAGCCCUUUACCGCGCUUACCAGGCGAACCCACGUGUCUUUGGCCGGGAAGCCAGCGCCCGCACCGGUCGCGACAGGGAGGCUCUCCGCCGUGACACCGGCAUGGCGGACGAGGCUAUCGAGGGCUGGGCUGUCAUGCUUGAGCGGAGCCCUCAGCUGAGGCAACGCCUCGAGAACAAGUAUACGAGCUUCAGCGGCGCGCAGAGCGAGAUUAGCUCCUCCGCUGGCGCCAGGGCGAUGACUCCGAGGCUGCGAGCGACUCGGCGGGCGCGUGCGCGGAAAAUGGCCCGCGGUGGUGGCAUGGUUGGGUAA